CAUCCUUUUAAGGACAUAGGUCUUGCAUCAAGGCACCAUAUCAUGACUGACCUCUGGCAGAAUGCCAUGGACCAUGCUGUGGCUCUGGCCAGGAAAGCAGGCUCGCUUGUAAGGGAUGCAGUACAGAAUGACAUGAAGGUUAUGUUGAAGAGUUCUUCUGUGGACCUGGUGACUAAAACUGACCAAAAGGUGGAGCAACUCAUUAUAGACUCUGUGAAGGAGAAAUUCCCCACGCACAGAGGAUGCAGAUGGGGCGGCAGGGUGUUUCUAGAUGAUGCAGACAUUAUAAAGGUGUUUCUAGAUGAUGCAGACAUUAUAAAGGUGUUUCUAGAUGAUGCAGACAUUAUAAAGGUGUUUCUAGAUGAUGCAGACAUUAUAAAGGUGUUUCUAGAUGAUGCAGACAUUAUAAAGGUGUUUCUAGAUGCAGACAUUAUAAAGGUGUUUCUAGAUGCAGACAUUAUAAAGGUGUUUCUAGAUGAUGCAGACAUUAUAAAGGUGUUUCUAGAUGAUGCAGACAUUAUAAAGGUGUUUCUAGAUGCAGACAUUAUAAAGGUGUUUCUAGAUGAUGCAGACAUUAUAAAGGUGUUUCUAGAUGAUGCAGACAUUAUAAAGGUGUUUCUAGAUGAUGCAGACAUUAUGAAGGUGUUUCUAGAUGCAGACAUUAUAAAGGUGUUUCUAGAUGCAGACAUUAUAAAGGUGUUUCUAGAUGAUGCAGACAUUAUAAAGGUGUUUCUAGAUGAUGCAGACAUUAUAAAGGUGUUUCUAGAGGAUGCAGACAUUAUAAAGGUGUUUCUAGAGGAUGCAGACAUUAUAAAGGUGUUUCUAGAUGAUGCAGACAUUAUAAAGGUGUUUCUAGAUGAUGCAGACAUUAUAAAGGUGUUUCUAGAUGAUGCAGACAUUGUAAAGGUGUUUGCAUUGGUUAUCUUAAUUAACACCAUCUUUCUGAAAUCCAUGGCUUUCAACAGAUAUCCAUUUGUUGCCGUGUCUAUUGGCUUUGCAGUCAACAGAAAGCUGGAGUUUGGAGUGGUGUACAGCUGCAUAGAAGACAAGAUGUACACAGCCAGGAAAGGGAAGGGGGCCUUCUGCAAUGGACAGAUCCUUAAUGUGUCAGACCAGAAAGAAAUCAGCCAGUCUAUCAUUGCUACUGAGUUUGGUUCCAACAGAGACACAGAGGUGGUUGACAAAAUCUUCUCCAGCAUGAGGAAGAUCCUGUGUUUACCCAUCCACGGGAUUCGAGGUGUGGGCACAGCGGCCACAAACAUGUGUCUGGUGGCGUCGGGCUGCGUGGAGGCCUACUACGAGAUAGGGAUUCACUGCUGGGACAUUGCUGCCGGGGCCAUCAUAGUCACCGAGGCAGGGGGCGUCCUCAUGGAUGUAGAGGGUGGACCAUUGGACCUCAUGUCCAGAAGAGUUGUUGCUGCAAAUAACAAGAUCAUCGCUGAAAGGAUUGUCAAAGAGAUUGACGCGUUUACCCCUCUGCGAGAUGAUGCAUCUACAGAGACAGAAGACUGAACAAGACAAAUUGCUAUGUUUUAAGUCAUAUUCUUAGAAAAAAAAAAGUGUUUUGUAAGCUUGUUUUAUUUUUUUUCCAAAAGAUAUCACUGUUCUUGAACAAUUCUGGUCAUUUAAAACCAAACUUUUUCUCCUAGCAUUUUGUGUUUUAUACGUUUUUAAUUAGUUCAUUUUGAAAUAUUAUAAUUGUUUUACGUCAGGAAGAUCAUUUAUGUUUUAAGACAGUACUGUAUAUGUAUCACCAGUCAUGUAUGUAAAAAAAUAAAAUAAAUAUAUAUUUAUUUUA